ACAGCUUGUAAACAGCCCUGCUCUGCUCUGCAUCUCUUUCUCUCUCGUUCAGAUCAAAAGUAUAAGACAACAACAAAUAAAAAACAUACCAUUAAGAGCUGUGCUUGCACAGGUUAUGCGUGAUCCUCUUCAGUAAUAUCCUCUGCAUCUCAUUCGGGUUCAAAUUGAUAAGCAAUAUUGACAAUGCCAUUGUUUACAAUACAACUGGAGCACAUGCCACUGAGGUGAGGGGCGUGACAUUUAGAUGCACACUGGCAGUUUGGCAAAACACUGGGCCAGCAGACCAAUCUGAGCCCAUUGCGUAUUUCUGAGAGAGAAGCUUCAUAAAACCAGGAACUCAUCGGAGCGUUUAUCAAAGAAGGGAAGGAGUUGUGUAGAAUAAAGGUAAAUUAUGUGAAAAAUAACGUUUUUUUAAAACAAAGCAUUAACACUUGUUAGACUGCACCCCAUAAACAUAAUUAAGCCUAGAAAAAAAAGUCAACCACCCCUUUUUAGACAUGACUGACUGUUUACUAGAAUACUUGCCAAAACGGGUAUUUUAAAAUAACUUUGUGUGUAUGUUUCCAUUCAAAGAGAGUGAAAGAGGAAUCAAUCUGUGUGAAUCACGCCUCUCUCUCUCUCUGGGUGUGCUUGCUUCGGAUGUGUGCGGCAGUGGUAGAAAACAGCGCGCAUGUUCUCUUUUGCUUGAGUGGUUUAAAAUUGUUUGAAUGGGUAAAUUGACAAAACAAAUGAUGCAAAUGAUGACUCUAUGAUGGUUAAAUUUAACAGUUAAUCCGCAAAUCGCAUGCGUGCUGAACCGUGGGGUCUUGUCCAUAUGGAUCAGAUCAUCUACGAUCUGUUGCACCCUUGAUACCUAGCCCCAACACAAAUACCACAAUGGAAGUACAUAUGGCUCAUUUAGAUGGCAAUAUCUGAAUUGUGGGCCAGCUCCUGAAACAAGGCAGGCCAUAUGUAACAAGGUUCACAUCAUUGUAUUAUGCUCAAAUGUCACAUUUUCCUGCAGAGUUUGGGGAACUGAUGCUUGAAUUGACAAUCACAGACUUUCAAGAAGAGACUUUUUAUUCUUUUUGGAAUUUUCUAUUUUAUUGAACUUGGUAGAGUUGCCAUUUUAGAAAUGUUGUGACCAAUUGUGGCUUUUUAUUAAAUGUAUAUAGAAAUUUAGCCUUGUUUUAUAGCAACUGAAGUGAGAUUGGACUUAUUUCCUGGAAAAUAAUUCCAGUAGUCGACAUUAUCAUAUUUUGAUAUAUUUUUAAAACAUCUCACAUAAUAUAUUAUGUUCCCUGUUUCCUAAACAAUUUAACUUUAUACCUCAAAAGAGGCUACAUUUGGCUUUGUCAUGAUGGCUUAUUCAGUGGACUCUAUGCAAGAGUUAAGUGGAGGAGAUGCCUUCAUCUGUACAGAGUGUGGUGAAGGAUUUAGUCGUUACCCAAAACUAGUCGAACACAUGGCCAUUCAUGGACUUACUGAGAUAUUUUCCUCUGAUGGUUUAAGCAUUAGUAAUGGUAAUUGUAUCAACGCAUCCAUUGAGGUUGCUCUCCAUGAAAACGGAAUGCUCACUGUGGUUGAUCGAUCUGUGUUGUCGAACUUUACUUUCUUGUUUGGAAAACCAUCAUCCAAGUCAUUAUGGUGCCAACCCCCUAAUCAAGAAGCCUUGACUUCAUCGAAGAUACCAGAGAAGGAGUAUACUUGGUUUAAGUGUGAAAGAUGUGAACAAGUGUUCAAAACCCCAAAGAGCUUUCAACUGCAUCAGCAGUACCGUGCCCUUGAGCAGGGGUUCAAAUGCACUCUGUGCUGCAAGGUGUUUAAUGACCAGGAGAGUCUGCAGAGCCACCUUCAAACCCAUGCUCAUGAACGCUUUUAUAGUUGUGGACACUGUGGAAAGCGAUUCUUAAGACAAGAGACCUUACUGUCACAUCAAAAACAGUGGCAUGCAUCUGUUGGUUCCAAGACUUUGAGUAGAUCUGAGGAAAAUCAAGGAAAUAAAAUGGACAGGUCUUAUCCUUGCAAAAUUUGCGGUUUGCGCUUCUUUUGGUUGUCUGACUUGCAAAGCCACCUAAACAGUCAUUCUCGGGUCAGCAGGCCAUCCAGUGAUGUAACACAAAAACAGGAAAUGCUUGGGGAAGAAGAAAGUAAGAAAAAUGGCAGUAAUUCACUUAAUGAGCCAUGUCGUUGUGGCCUAUGUGGGGAACAUUUCAACCAAAUUUCAGAUUUAAGAGAGCAUCAUAAAACACAGCAUCCAGAUGAGGUUGAAGUAAAGUACUUACCGGCUAAGAUGAAACAGCAGUGCCAUGGUGUAAUGCGACAAAUAGUUACUAAAUGGCAAAAGCAGCGAGUUGAUCCACUAAGGUCAAGCAUACGAGGAAGACCUAGAGGAGUGAACAGAGCCAAUUUUAAUGUCAAAAUAUUUUCCUGCAAACUCUGCCAUCGUGUGUUUGUACACUCAAGCAGUCUUUCUCGUCAUAUGCGUUACCAUAAGGGAACUCUGCAUGCCUGUGUUUAUUGUGGAAAACACUUUCCACAAAGAUGUGAUGUCACAAGGCAUGUGGCCAUGUACCACAGUCCAGUGCUUCAACCUAAGGCUUCUGGGGAGACAAAGACAGAACAAGAGGUUAAAAAUCAUGAUCAGGAACCUGCGAAAGCAUCAAUACAACCAAAAAGUGAUAGUAAACAAGAAGAACUUGAAGAAGAAAAUCAGCCUGCAUCCAAGACAGAUGACCUGUUACUUGGUUCUCCUUAUAAGGGAAAUUACAAACCAAGGAUGAAAUACAAAUGCGAAGAAUGUUGUAGAGUCUUUGGGCUACUUAGUGUUUAUCGGCGACACAUUUAUUACCACAAGCGAAAUCCCUGCAAGGUUCUGCUAAGUUGCCCUCUCUGUCCAAGCCGCUUCACAUUCCUCUCUGCUUUAGAUCGCCAUCUUGAAUAUCAUCAUAAAGGAGACUCUGAUGGCACAAAACAUCCUGGGACUAAUAUAGCUGAUUCCAAAAGUCAGCAAGGAGAUGCUGAUGCUGAAAAGCCUAAUAAAAAUGCUGAUAAUGGCAUGUCGUUGGAAAUAGUAAAUGAAUCCACUGAAUGUUCUCAGACCUAGGGAUCCACAAAAUGGACAAAAGUAUAUGGACCCUUAUAUAAUUAACAGGUUUGGCUAUUCCAACAAUUUCAGUGAAGACAAAUAUAAAUGCUCAACUAUAAAAUGAAAAAUUGUGCUUUCAAUUUUGUCUCAACAGCGUGGACCCUUUUCCUAUCCCUGCAGGGCAAUGACCCUGUGCACAAAGCAAUGCUCCACUGUUUCCACUGUUGAAGAAAGUAAAUGACAUGCACAAAUCCACUACUGAGCCACUGGGAUGAAUUGGGAAUGCAGACUGUGAGCCAGGUUUUUUUGCUUUAUGUUCUUGUCUGACCUUCUUGAUGCUCUUGUGUCUGAAGCAAGUCCCUGCAACAGUGUUCCAUUCCAGAAGAAUGGAGUUUUAUUAUAGCUGCAAAAGGAGUGAUUAAUGUCAUACUUUUGAAAAUAAAUUGUGGACAAGAGCAUCAGAGCAUAAUUAGCAUUUAGGCCUUCAUGCAAACUGCCACUGUUCUUUUGGUAAAGAAAAGGGCCCUCCCCACAUAGUUGCAACAAAGUUGAAAGCACAGAAUACUCAAGUAGAUCAUUGAAUAGUAUGGUGUUCAGGUCACAAUUCUGACCAGAAUGCCUGGAGAAAAGCCUUUCUAAUAACUUGAUUAUUAGAGAAGAGUGUCCACAAUGAAGAUAUAAUCUAUAUCAGAAUUCUCAGAAUACUCAGUUAUAGUAAAUAAAACUUUUACGUUUUUGAGUGUUGUACUUGUGUAACGUUUGGCUCCUCGGAUGUACCAAAUGAAUACUGUUGUUUCAUGUUUGUUGCAUUUGUUGUAUAUAAAAAUGUUUCCCCCCAAAAUUCUCAUUUGCAUUUUCCAAUUUUUGGAUAGGAAAUUCAAAUUCUUAUUCAAAGUAGGUGUUGACACAGUAUGCAUUCACAAACCAAAGGGGCCCUUAUAAGAACUAUUAUAAUGACCAGAAUGUUUGAAAUUGUACUAAUGAACUGAUGAAUUUAGAGCAAGCAGAAGUUAUUAAUCCUGCUAUUUCAUGUCAUUUGAACUCUCUUUGCUAAAAGUUGAUUCAAGAACACAUUUCUGCUGCAGUUAGUGAAGUAUGACUUUUAGCUGUAUUUUUUUUUUUUUUAAAUAUAUAACUAACAAUGGAGAUUUAACACCCCCCCCCCCCCCCCAAGUCUUUUCAAAGACUAAACACCACACAUAAUUUCUUUUUCUUUCUUUUUUUCUGCAAACUGUAUUUUUUAUUUUGUAUAAGUGGUGAUGCAAAACAUAUUUCGACUGUUCUUAAACAUCAGUAACAUAUCUUGUGCAAGUCUAGCUAGUUCCACUUGUUUAUAAAUAAAGAUAAUUCUGUUUUUCCCUUCUAAGGCCUUGUAAUUGUUGAAUUUAUUUUUCAUGUACCAAAGUUAUUGUUUUUAUGCAUGCAAAUAUUAGUAGACAUUUCUUUAAACUUAUUUCAGGCUUCAUACAUUCCCCUUGUCUUUAAAGACCUUAAAUUUUGUUGCAAUAAUUUUGAAGAUUGUACUGUUUUAUAAUGAAGUAUCGAGGGGAAAUCCGUAUUAAUUUUCUCAUUGACAUGUUUUGAAAAAAAAUAUGGUCAAAUAAAAUACACUGUAUCAUAAGAAAAAUAAUUUUAGGUUUUGAAAACCUGUGUGAUUGGGUAUCCUUCAGUGCCAAAUCUAUACUUUUAAAGCAGUACCGGUGCCUGAACCGAUACUUUCAUAAAAGAGCCACAAAACUAUGGUCGAUGACAUUAAAGAUUGGCUCUUUUAUUAAAAAAAAAAAAAAAAAAAAAAACUUUAAA